AGAGAAACUCAUGAUAGAAGAUUAGUGCUUGGUACAAAUUCAAGAGGGUCAUGGAGGAGUUGGAGUACUUGUAGAUAUAGCGCCGCUGAAGGCUACAGAGAGAGGACGAAGACCGAGAGGAAGAACAUGCUUACAAAAAAUUGGCUACUCCUACUUCUACUUCUUUAAGACUGUACGUAGUGGUCCAACUUACCAGCAGUUUUCAAGAAUGAAGGUAGUCUAUUGUUCCUCAACGCAGACCUCCCGUGGACGUCCACGUAGGCGUAAGCCUGGCUAAUUUGGCAUAACAGAACGCAGUGACUCGAACGGCCGGAUCAUAGGCAUCGACUUCUGCAGAAACGUCUCGACGGGGGCCGUUUUUGAGAAGCGGAGAGAGAAACCAUUCCGGCGACAGCAUGCUGGUGCCUUGACUGUGGGAGUACGAGCGACGUGUGUUCCAGUCUUUCGCACGCCCAUGCAGAGAAACUGAAGUUAUUGGACCAGGAGAGCCAGAGGAUAGAUAGAAAAAAGCAUAUAUCAAGACGAGAAUGUCGUCGAGACAGUCAAUCGACUAAGUAGAAGUACAAGUAGAACAAGUAGGAUCAAACAAGAAGAAGGACAAUCAUCUACGGCGAGGACUAAGGCAAGGAAAAACGCAUCCGCUUCAACCUAGAUCCGGGAAUUCUUGUAGAAUUUGAUCUACCUCUACCACUCAGCAAUAGCAGUACUUCAAAUAAAAACUGUAGUUACUUGGAUGGCAUCUCCUACUAGUAUCAUAGUACUAGUACAAAUCGAAACCCCCGAGAAGACUACAAAUUAUCAUACUACUUUAGUACUACACUACUAGUAAUGCAAGUACUACACCACAGUACUAGUAUUAGUUCCACUACCCUGCGACUACUAGCACUUCUCCGACUACCACAUUACUAGUAACUCUUCGAGUAUUUCUAACGGUUCGAGUACUUCAACUACUAACUAUCACUGCCCGUGCCACUGCUAAACUACGACUCCUACUACUACCACUACAUAGAAAAUGUCCUUGUUCCAGGCGCGAGAGUAUUGGAGCGUUAGGGGCAAUGAGGGCGCCCAUUGUUGCGUCGUUUGCAAUGUCGACAACGAGCCUGGUGGCCACAACAAGAUUGUCAUUGGUAGCCUCGAUGGCAUGCUCAGGAUGUACUAUCCAAGGUACUUCUUGUCACUAGUAAUUUUGGUUUUGUUACAUUUUUGUGAAUUGGGCAAUAAAGAACUGGAACAACUACAGUGGAUAAUAAAGGUAAAAACACCUUCGAGAUAAAAUGAUAAUGAAUCGCAUGAUCAAAAAGAUGGUCUGCUUUUUUUACUGUUUUUAUAAUCAAUUCUUCGUGUAAUGACAAGCAUCUAGAACAAACCACAGGCGGCGGGAGUACAGGGUUGAUGAUCUGAUAUUGGAGAAGAUGCUAGAGGCGCCGAUCCUCCAGCUUGCCGCAGGAAGAUUUGUCGCGGGUUCUCGAGAUAUCUGUUUAGCAGUCCUUCAUCCAAAACGCGUCGCGAUUUUGAUGGUUUCAUUAUGGCAUGUUCAUGUUGACGGUUUCAAUUUCAUUAUUGUAAAAAUCAAUUUGAUCAAGUAAUAGAUGAGAUAGUAUCUAUGUUGGAGCAGCUAGCAAGUCAAUGUCGCGUUCGCGAUCCUAGAUGGUGAAACACAAACACUUCCCCCUUCCUUCUAUCCCUUGGAAGAUGUGAAAGAUUAAGAAGGACUCGAGCUCAGUCACAAGAUGAACACUCAAACAACUGAAACUCUCUACUCUCCACAUCUACUCCACAUCUACUCCCCUUCUUCUAACAUUCGCUACGGUUUCCGCACAAGGCGCAGUGAACUACUACAAUGUCAUCGAGUGCUACGGACACGAACUUGUACGACAUAGCUACAAUUUCUGCUUUGGGCCCUUUGCGCAGCAGCUACGUCAAGACCGCGACUUUUUGUGCAUACAGUCUCUAGAUGGAAUACUUUCCUUCUUCGAACAGGACGCACCGGCAUUCAAGAUUAUGGUUACUCGUAGUGCUGAUUAUGCUUGUGGUAGGCCUCUGUCGCUUUUUCAUUUAGCUUUAGGUAGUAGGGAUCUUGCUUCCGCAUCCACCUCGUCGUCAAGUACUGAUCAUGACCUUUUAGGUCAGCUACUUGCUUCCACCUCUUCAAACAAGGAAAUCACGUGCAGCGUUUUUAGCAAUUUCAAUACGCCUAGCACCUCUAACAGUCGGCAGCUACCAGCGGAUCAAUUCCUCUGUCCUGGACCAUUGCUGUACAUAGCGAAAACCGACAGCUUCGUCACUGCAGACAGUUGCAUGUUUCUGCAUGCUUAUCUUAUGGGUCAUGAUCGUAGAAUUAGAAAUUGAGUUUUGGAAGACCACGAGUCCGAAAAAAGUUGAGUAGGAAUGAGUGGCAGGUGCUAGCUGUGUAAUUUUCCCUGCCUUUGCUCCUAGUUCUUGACCAUGGUAAACCGUAGGGGCAUCAGUGUAGUUGUUAAGGAGAUCGCGAGCCCUCCCCUACGCCGGUAACUACCCGGACAAAAUGUAGGCAGCUUCUUUGCGGAACUUGCUCACGAUACAAAAAAAAAAACGACUCCGGAAAAAGUUGGAUUGGAAUGCCCACCAAACCCAAAGUAAAAAAUCAGGAACUCCAAAGUAGAACUCGUCAACCUGAUGAUAACAUUCCUUUCCUUUUUCGAGGUCGUCUAAUUUUCGCUAUUCAGUAUUGGCAGCUGCCGCUGACAAUGUGGGAGCGCCAGGUUCUAGUGCCGGAGGAAGUGGAGUACCAGGUAUUUCUCCUCGUAUUCGCAUUGGAAAUGAUGAAAUAGAACAUCAACAUGUAGAAAUACAAAUACAGAUGUCGUCGUCCUGGUAAGAAGAAGGGCUACAAGCACAACAGAUGUUCGGGCCAAAUACAAAAUCCUGCACAUUCUCUCUAUAGGCGGCAAUCCCGGAGACGUGGAUGUGCAGGCAGGUGGUCCAGCGUCAGCAGUGGGAACGCAACCAAGUGGAAAGCGAGUUCAAGUGGACUGGACUGUAAAUCUUGGCGAACAUCCACAUUACGGUUUUGUUUCUUGGUGAACUUGAUUGGUUCCGUGUCGAUGAAAGAAAUUUGGUAAUACUGACUAAGGAUAAAAAUGCCUGGUGAGAUUCGGGGUAUAUUGAUCGGUUCGCCCUUUCACUCAUGACCGUCGUGCUUGUGUCAUUUCCUACGCAAUACAAAGUAAUACCGGUGUAGUUUUAGUUUCUAUUAACACGAAGAGAAUGGGGACCGCGACCGCUACCGCAAUAAAGCCCCUCAAACUACCCACAUGCACUUCUAAAAAGAGUACCUCUUCUUCGCACGCAUGCUCCGAGGUGGUGGCGGCGCUUCGUCGAACACAUCAGGUGCGCCAACCGGGGGCACUGGAUCGGAGUCCAUCACUGUGGUUGGAGAACGCUAUCUGUUCUACUUGAAACCGGAUGGCGAGACGCAAAUGCAAAAGCGCAUAGAUUACGAAAUCGCAUGUGCCACGGUCUAUCCAGUGACGUCUAUACAUGUUACGAGAUGGUGAUCUUAUGUGAGUCUCCAAGGAAAUGGAAAACACAGAAAGUUCUGUUCCGAGUCUAUUUUGUUUUCGUCCAUGCCAAAUGAAAAUCACAACUACUAACUCCGACCUUAGCCAGCCAGGGAUGAUAUUUAUGAUGAACAAGACUAGACACGAUACUCCCGCUUUCGGUUAACGGCAGGCUCUACUAGGUGAGUUCAUGCAUAGUACCCCCUAACGGCAAGCUCUAAACCUUGCGCCGGUCCCGACGCGGGAAUGCAUAAUCUGAUUUUGGGGACACAUACAGGCCAUCUCUUGAUCUUGAGGGAGACGCAGAUCAUAUGGUGCGCACAGCUCUCGCACAUCCCAAUAGUCCUCGAAGUGGCGGAAGUCGCAGGCGUCAGAGCGAUGAUCACGACACUAGACGAAGAUGGCUUGCUUGAGGUGCUGAUGUUGUUUUUUUAGUUAGAUAGUGGUCUUAACUUUGUUUAUUUGAGAAAAUGAAAACGUGGAUGGACAACUCUGAGAACAAGUUGUUCUUUUUCUUUUGACAAAAGAAACUGCAUGUCGAUCUGAAAAAACUGAUCCUAUAUCCUUUCCAUUUCUUACCACCACAACACAAAACCCGAACAGGUUUCUUACCUCGGAACGGACCCGCCACCAGCCGCACUAGUGAAUACCGAGAUGAAAGAGCUUAACUACUCAGCAAUGGAGGAGGAACAUCAAUUAUGGCAAUUGAUUUGACUCUAUAUUACUCCACGAACAAUGGAGGAGGAACAUCAAUUAUGGCACUUCAUUUUGCUUCCUGCUACAGCACCUCCAGCAGAAUUCUUCUUUGGUUUCAGUUUGCUGUAGGGAAUUUGAAUUCAUCUUCGAAUAAUAAACUCAACUUCCAAACAACUGAACUCUCCCUCCUCCAAUCUCUAACGCAACAACUACUUGCAACUAUCCGUGAAGCCCAUGGCGAAGGCCGAAAAGAGCCCACAGACAGAUUAGUGAUGCAUUGCCAAGUGCAACCGCACGUCAUUUUGGACGAAGACGCAGAGGAUGCGGAAGUAUAUCUAAGAACUCCCACUAUAGUUGUAUUCGGCUUCCUCCAUUUCCUCCAAUUCCAUCUACUGUAGAAAUACGAAAUCAUCGUGAUAGUGUUACUGGGCUCAAGAAAAGCCAAGUCUUAUACCUGAUCUUAUAGAUACUAUGCAUGACCAUGAUGAACACCACCCACAACCACAAAAAUCUCGAACUUCACAAACCCCAUUCAGUACGCCCAUCUCGACGGCGCUUUGUUAGAGGGCAGUGUUCGGAUUGUGAGUAAUUUGCAAGGCGUCGAUGCUGUCGAAAAGUUGACCUAUUGCAUAGACGCUCCUGAAUGCUUACUGCCAUCACAGAAGACCUUUUUCGUCGCCAAUCUGAAGCAAAAUGGGACACCAUUGGUCCUGACAGUGAACUUCAAGAUCUUCAGCAGUGUCCUUUGCUCGAACCUCACUGGACGAGCAAGCUGUAGCUACUAUCUCAAACAAAACGGAGAUUAAGGCACAUGAGUACAAAAACAAAUUAUAUAUCUAUAGCUACUAAUCUCUGGAACAAAACGGAGAUUAAGGCACCAUACAACAGAGCAGCUCCUCUAGGCGUCAGAAAUGCUACUUCUUGCACAAAUAAGCAGAUGAAUUGAUCCUCUCCUUUUCUCCACAUAAACCCACUUCUAAGCACAGCCACGUGUCAGCAUGACCGAAUUCGAGAUACCUCUUAGUUGGAUUGUACGCCCUAUACCACCAAUAAAGACAGCAAGUUACAAAAUCCAAUUAGACUGCUCCAGGCCACCGCCGCCACUGACAGAGGUCUUCUCAGACCUGUUUGAGCAGGCAAAUGUGAUGUCGCAGGUACUACAACUAGUACACCGAUUUGUCCUCACUAUGUAGAUGUACGAGUACUGGAUGAAAGAGUAGCACUAAUUGAAUCGAUGAAUUUAGAUUUUCUCAACAUUACAACCAGAAUGAAUUUCCGCUACGACUAGUGCAACUACGAGAACUACUACCUACAGUCUGGUCAAUCAUUUAGUGAAAGACUCUCGUCAUCCGCAACAUUGACAACAUUAUACCUCAAAAACACCAGAUCGCGCCUCUGUCCUCCACUUCGCCGAACGUGUUGUCGUUGCAGUACAUGGCAGGGACUAACUUCAGCGUGACGAUUUUGGUUUCGAAGUCAAGCGGUAGAAUAUCUGUGCAGUCAGGCGAAUUUGGAGCUCUUUUUCUCUUAUGGGAGCGUGCGAGUAGAUUUGGAACUUAUAGAAUCUGCAGUGGCCCACGUCUUGUUGCGGUUGAAGUAUGAAUCACGAUGAUGAAAUAUUCUAAGUAGAUGCAGUUGAUGUCUAAGAGCAUCGGGCCGAGAUAUAGACAUAAACUCUUCUUGUAGUCACUGUCAGUGACCCAUGCCUUCUUCUCCAAGCGAAACGACCUUAAAUCCUAAGCCCUCCCCUUUCAUAACCGAUAUGCCAUACCCUUUGCGAGCGUUUGUCGCAUCAUCGCUGUGAAGUGAGCUUUCAGGAUAGUUUGCCACUACACGACUACUUUUCCGUGUUGGACGACCACUUCUCAGUGAGGCGGCACUUGGGAGCUUUGCGGUCAGACCUCGCUGAUAGAACGAAGCAGUACUAAAAUUAGCUACCUCUAUGGCCGAUCUAAAUCUUGGUGCUUUUGUUCUUGUGUAGUAGUAAGUUUAAGUAGGAGAGUCAUUCAAAUUAUGAUUGUACUUACUCCAACAAGGGCAACUUUUUGAACUUGUUUGAUCUUGAAACGUUGCUUCACGUAAUGCAACAUAACAUCACCAUGAAGACUAAUAUCACUGUGACCACCAUUGCGCACCAUUGCGCCCAUGAAUCCUCCAGAUACCGCGUGAUCCAGAAACGCCUCUUGAUGCGGUAUAAGGAUCGCAGUAAUCCGGCACCUCUGGGCAAUCUAGAUGCUUUGUUGCAGCUUACGUAUGAGAGCAUCUCAACUUCAGCCGAAACUAUCGAGGAAGCUGAGAAGGCUUUGCGCGUUGUCUCACAGCAUCUGCGUGCAUGCACGAGACUCGUUCUUUUAUGGCCAGUGAAGAAAUGUUGACUUCUUGCUUCUAGACUUUGCUUUCUUGAAGAGAUAAUGGGAAUGGAGAUUCGUUACUGUAAAAUUCGAAGUUCCUGUGAUCAAUCUUUCGACUGCUUGAUGAUGUCCUCUCCAUUUCUAUUUCUGACAAUAACAAGCGCAAGUAGCGGGACAUGUUGCAGCGUGAGAUUCACAUCAUCAAGCUUCUCGCACACCACCCUCAUCUUCUAACCCCUCUCCUGAUAAGAUAUCGGUUUGACUUGAGCGAGGAUGUGGAGAUCCUGAAGGCGUAUUUUGGGUUCGUAGAUGACCAUCCGAAUCAGGGUUGGGAAGAAAUUUGCGAGUACAAUUUGGAACACAUGCUGAAGUGCGCAUUGACAGAAACGAAAUCAGGUCAGCCAAUACCGAAUAAGGAAUUAUGAGCAUGGGAAGUAUUCGAGUUGGAGUCUAUUCGAGAUAGAGUUGCUGCAGAGUCUAGCUAUAUCUUGUUCUGUAGUAUUUCUUUGCCAGCGGAGAUUCACGAAGAGUAUUCAUUAGUACAAUGCAACGAAUCCCAUUCCUACAGAAGUACAACUUGAUUGGCAGCAGUCGUGGAAAGGAAUCACAUCACUCUCUAAACCUUGGCGCCUUCUUAGGCAACAGUGGAAACGCGCUGAAGAUGCCACAGGAUCUCAACAAGAUCAAAAAACGCAUAACGACUGUUAUAGACAGGCUGGCAAACGGUGGCCGCAUGUCAGCAGCGAUUCUGGGAGAAGAAGAGGACGAUUAAUCAGAUAAUUCUUUGGACGAGUAACAGUAAGAUAAUCGAUGAUCAACAUGAUGAAUACUUCAACUUCUAGUUCGCGCACCGCGACCACACCAUUCAGUUUCGAUAACAACCGGGAUAAAAUGAGUACUUCCACCUCAGUACCAAGUUUUCUUGGUCAAGAUAAAGAGUUGAUUUCCCCUUUAUGUUCUCUUUGGUAUUGUGUCGCCACGAUGUAGUAAGUAACAGUAAGUAGUUGAAACUACUAAUCCUAUUCUUACUCAAGUUAUCUUUUUCUUUUCCUGUUUUGGUCGUAAAGACGACAAGGACAAAAUCAUGAACAUGAUACCAUUGUGCAUAUGAACAAUAGUUUUCUUUUACAAACUGAUGGUAACCAACGGGCUAUCUUGUUAAGUAGUUUUGUUGGAGCCCCAGACAGUCUAAUGUGUUCUUUGAUACAAGAAACCAUGAAGAUGUUCGCAGGACGACGUCAGCAACAACGCUGGAGGUCGAAACGAGAGAUAGAGAGAGAAGCAUGCUGUGUGUCCUUUCAGCAAACUACAAUUAUCGCGACCGAAUAUGUUACGAAUCUACCGCCCUCUUGUAGUCGGUCAACACGCAUGGAGUAGAACGACCUUUCUUGUGCUGUCCUCUCCAAUUCCUAGACAUCUUCAAGCCACGAGAAGUUGUUCCACUUCAAGAAGAAAAA